AUGGAGUGUCCUGUCUUGGUUGCUAUCAUUGACAACGGAACCGACUUUUUCAAAGCUGGGUUGGGCGACUAUAGAGUACUUCCUACGGUGACAUUGCAAUGUACUGAAACGGAUUUCGUCCUACCAGUACCACGCCAUUUUCUUUACGAAAAAGAAUGGAUAGAGAGCGGGCCUGCAAAGCAAACUAGACCUCUUAUGAAACGGCAAUAUUGGAUGGACCUGUGGAGACAGUCAAUGGAUAAAUUGAAAAUUAAUAUUAAAGGUGUUCACAAAGUCCCGGACUUCGUGGUCGCUGAAAGCGAACUGAAUGUCGAAUCAGAGCGUAAAGAAAUGGUAGAAAUUCUGUUUGAACAAAGUAAAACGAGACGAGUCUACAUCGACAAGGAAUCUUCGUUCUCACUGAUUUGGCACGACACACCCACAGGCGUCAUUGUAGACUGCGGCGACCUGAUUACCUCUAUCGUACCCUUUCACAACGGUGAACGUCUUCCAAAUGACGUCGUACUUAACUACGGCGGUCGGGAUGUUACAAUGAGCCUUGUGUCAAACUUACAGGAUACAGGACACUAUUUUCUAAACCCUACGUACCUUUCUCAUAUUUCUGAAAUUAGAAAAAUAAAAGAGAAAUAUGGACGCGUAGACGCUAACGAUGAGAGAAGUUUGAGAAGACGUCCUGAGGUCAUUGACGUUUCUACUGAAGUAUUUGGUGAUCACAAAAUUCAUAUUCGUCUUGAACAUAUUCAAUGCACAGAAGGUCUUUUUCAGCCGAGUCAUUUUGACAAUCCUACAAUGGGAAUUCAGCACGCGGUAAUCCGAACCGUCGAGUCACAAGUCAAAGAGAUACAAGCUCAGCUCUACGGCUCCGUGCUUUUGUGCGGUGGCACUACAAUGUUGGAUACGUUUCCGAUAAGAUUGUCGCAAGAAAUAGAAGACUGGAAGAAGGUAGAGCUCAAAAAACCGGUCGACGUCAUUGCUAGAGAUAAUCGCAAAUACAGUGUCUGGCUUGGAGCGAAUAAGGUUUUCACCAAACAGGAAUGGGUCGAAAGGUUAAUGAUUAGACGAUCCCAGUAUUGUGAAGAAGGUCUACGAGUGGUAGACAAGACACCAAAUCUAGCAAAGUUGUGGUACAAUAGCCAUUGAAUUAAUUUAGUUCGAAAACUAUAAAAAGCGGUAUCUACAGUAUUUGUGAGCAUGAUGAUGAGUUGAUAUGUACACAUAAUCAUUUAGAGAUGUUGUAUUCAAAUUAAAAUAGAGUUGUUGAACAC